CUGUUUUCAGUUUCGAUAUAUGAAGGAGUUGGUUGCUAGGAUGACACAGGAGGGCAGCUGAGAGGCUUUUUCUGCAGUCAGAUUCAGCACUCGUCAUUGCCCGGCGGAGAAAGCAGUUGGACCUCCCUCCGGUGAGCCAGCCGUCUGCUGCCGACCACUGGGCUGCCACGGUCGUCACAUCAACACCCAUAACACAUCACCUCCAAGGUGAGGGGUCGACUCGACGGCAUAUCGGUGAUCGUCUUCUCCCAGCGUCGGCACGCAGAGAGCCUCUAUACGCAGAGCAAGGCUCACCGAUAGUGUCCUGGUGUGAUUGUCUGCUUCCUGCAGGUCGUUUGGUGACUGUGUCCGCCAUCUAUCCGUUGCUCGGACUUCUCUCCCACUUCUCUCCCGUGUGAUUGUGAGUGUGAGUGAGGCGGCAUGGCGACCGACGGGUUUGACAUCGCCGUCGACGACUUCUCGCGCAUCGUCAACGCCUAUGUGGCCAGAACUGUCACCGAAGACCUCGAUGAGAUCAAGAACCUCGGUAGCUACUACAGACACAGCCAGCCAGCCGUCCAUCCAUCUAUCCGUGUGGUUGGCCUGCACUGCACCGCAGGUGGGCAGAAGGGCAUUAUGGAGAAGCUGCGGACGGACCAGCACACCGGCCUCUCGCAGAAGGCCGAUGACAAGGCCGACCGGAAGGCAACUUUCGGCGUCAACAAGCUGCCAGAAGUACCACCGACGCGUACGCCGCACUCACACACGGAGAGGGAUCUACUGGAUGCUGAACAGAAGAAUGAUUGGGUCUCUCUUUUGUGUGUCCGUAUGUGUGUGUGUGUGUGCAGCAUUUUGGCGUUUGAUAAUAGCUGCGUUUGAGGAUUUCACGUUGCGCAUCCUGGCUGUGUGUGGCGUGGUGUCACUCAUCCUCGGCGUGGCCGCCUCGGAACACCCUGAGAUUGGUACGUCACACACACACACAUACAGAGGGACACAGAGCCAGCCGAUAUUCCGAUGGAUUGGUUGGUUCAGAGUGGAUUGAGGGUUUUGCCAUCUUCGUGGCGGUGUUUGUGGUGGUUCUGGUGACGGCAUGGAACGAUUGGAACAAGGAGAAGCAAUUCAAGAAGCUCAACGAGAUCAAGGUAGAUAGACUAGACACACAACCAGCCGCACACACACCAUCCUCUCUCUCUGUGUGUUUGUGUGUGUGCGUCUACGCCAACAGGAGCAGAAGGACUGUUCGGUGAUCCGCAACGAGGCCAAGCACAAGAUAUCCGUCUUCGACCUCGUGGUCGGCGACAUCAUCGCACUCGAAACAGGCGACGAAGUGCCCGCAGUAAGUGCGCUGCUGACUCCUCGACGCGGCUGCGUCAAAUCCCUUCUCUCUCUCUCUCUCUCUGUGUGUGUGUGUGUGUGUGUGUGUGCCACUUACAGGACUGUUUGGUGAUGCGGAGCUAUGACGUCAAGGUGGACGAGUCGUCGCUUACCGGCGAGACAGAGCAGAUCGUCAAGGCGCCGUACGACACGUGUGUGGAGCAGAUCGAGCAGAGGCAGGAGAAGCUCAACAACACCACGGGCAAGAAGCACCACGUCGUCGACAGCCCGGUGGUGCUCUCCGGCACCACACUCACACACGGCAGCGGGACCUUCCUGGUCGUCUCGGUGGGAAUCAACUCACAGGUACGCAGGCAGGUCGAAAAAGAGAGCGAUGGUGUCUGUAUGGGCGUCUCGUCUCUGUGUGUGUGUGUAGGUGGGUCGCCUGAUGCAGCUGCUACAGACGGCUCCUGAAGCGACCCCGCUCCAACGUGAGCAACACACUCGCCGACUCACUCACAACACGGAUGCCAUCCCUUCGUGUGCGUGUGUGAUGUGUUAUGACAUCAAUCAGAGAAGCUCGAGAAGAUCGCCCGCGACAUCGGCAAGGCCGGUCUUGCCGCAGCCCUUCUCACGCUGCUCGCGCUGUUGCUCCAGUAAGCCAAGCCAACCACACACACACACACAAUGCACCCAGCCACUAAGUCUGCGUGUAUGUGAUGGCAGGUACUGGAUCAUUUAUGCGCUGGCUGAGCCUGAAGACCGCGACGAUGCCUCGAGCAUAGCCUCGGAGCACGUCGACUUCUUCGUUGUGGCGGUAAGCAGCCAGCCAGCCAAGCUGAUCCCAUUCCCCUCACACCUGUCCUGUGUGUGACCUGUGUGGAUGGAUGGCCGGCCGCCCCAUCCUCUGUGUGUUCUGUUCUGUGUGGUGUGCAGAUCACUGUGGUGGUGGUUGCCGUGCCUGAAGGCCUGCCCUUGGCCGUCACCAUCUCCCUGGCGUACUCGAUAUCCAAGAUGCUCGCAGACCAAAACUGGGUGGGUCGAAAGAGCCGACAGACACAUCACACUGCAAAAACCGAGGAGGCAAGAUAAGAUACCCCUCUCUGUGGGUGUCUCAGGUGCGUCGUUUGGCCGCGUGUGAGACCAUGGGCGGUGCGAAUGAGGUCUGCUCCGACAAGACGGGCACCCUUACCAAGAACAGAAUGACAGUGCAGGUGAGACGGACACACGCAGAGAGAGAGAGAGAGAGAGACGAGUGUCCGCACGCACGCACCGUUUCUCCUGUGUGCGUGUGUGUGUGUGUGUGUGGCCUCUCUCUCUUUGCAAUAAUCAGGCGUUUUGGAACGGCAGUGUGCUGAAUGAGUUUGAAAACACCCAAGAGAACCGGUGUGACCUCAAAGAGCCCUACAUGCAGGUCUGUGCGUGAGCAUCUGUCCAUCCAUCCAUCCCUCCAUCCAUCCAUCCAUGUGUGCGUGUGCGUGUGACACACAUGUUUUCACAAUCCACAGAUUCUGAUGGACGGUCUGGCUGUCAAUUCGACGGGCUACCUGGAGAUCGACAAUGUCGCCAUUAUGGACGGCACGGGGAGAACCAAAGAGGUCGGUCAGGCAGCUCAGGCAGCCAGCCGUUGUGUCCGCUGACGAGAGUGUGUGUGCGUGCGUGUGUGUGUGUGUGGUCAGGUGAUCAACCACGUGGGCUCGCCCACCGAGUGCGCUUUGCUGCAAUACAUGAGGGUCAGCGGCACCACACCAUACACACACGAGAAGGAGAGCAGCAUACACACGAAUUGUGGUGUGUGUGUGUGUCCAUCCAUCGGCCUCCCAGAUGCUCGAUUACGACUACUCCGCCAUCCGCAAAGACUACGAAGACAAGGUAGGUACCAUCCCUCUCCCUCCACACACGCGCCUCACACACACACACGAGUCGAUCUGUGUGUGUUCGUUCGUCUGUCCGUCUGUCCAUCGACCCAUCGGUUGAUCAGAUUGUGCACCAGGAGCAGUUCACUUCUGACCGCAAGAUGAUGACCACCGUCGUCCGCCUCCCCGACGGCAAGCUGCGCAUCUUCACCAAAGGCGCGUCUGAGCGCGUCCUCAGGCUCUGCAGCAGCCGGAUCGACCAGGCCGGCAACCUGCACAGGCUCGGCAUGAUGGAGAUCGAGCGCAUCGAGCAGGCCAUCAUCCAGAAGCUGGCCUCUCAGGCCCUCCGCACCAUCGCCAUCGCAUACCGAGACAUCGACGAGAACGCGUUGCCCGACUGGCGCGACCCCGACCCCAACACGGGCUUCUUCAAGAUGGAGAGCGACAUGACCAUUCUGGGGAUCACAGGCAUCCGCGACCCUGUCCGCGACGAGGUGCCUGAGGCCGUCCGGCGGUGUCAGCGGGCCGGCAUCAAGGUGCGCAUGGUGACGGGCGACAACAUCGAGACGGCCAAGCAGAUCGCCAUCAAGUGCAACAUCUACAGACCAGAGAACCACGGUCUCGCCAUGCUCGGCAAGGAGUUCUACGCCAUGGUAACCAACCACACCCACACCAACACACGCAGGCAGCGACGCCAUUCUAUUCGCAAACAAACACGCGUUUCUUGGUUGGUCGGUGGGUCGAUCAGGUGGGUGGCGUGAUCUGUGAGCUGUGCCGGACUGAGACGUGUGACUGUGCCCGGGAGGCCAAGACAGCAGCAGCCGAGAACAAGAAGAUCCGCAAUGACGUGCUGGGCAAGCCUGACGAGUUCGCACGGAUCGCCCCGAGGCUGGAGGUGCUUGCACGGUCGCAGCCCUCCGACAAAUACGCCCUCGUCACAGGUGCGUUCUGCGGAUGGGGGCCCUCGUGUAGACUAGAUGGGUGUUUCUGUCUGCUCGUCACACAGGUUUGAAGAACUUGGGUGCUGUCGUUGCGGUGACGGGGGACGGCACCAACGACGCCCCUGCACUCAAAAAAGCCGGUGGGCAGAUAAGGACCCUCACACACACACUCACACACACACACACACACGUAUGGCCUUCCGGACUGUGUAUGUGUGUGUGUGUGUGUGUGGUCAGAUGUGGGAUUUGCAAUGGGUUUGGCUGGCAAGGAGGUUGCCAAGGCUGCCGCAGACAUCGUGCUGCUCGAUGACAACUUCGAGUCGAUCGUCAAGGUAAGCGGCACGCCCCAAGAGGCACAUCCAUCCACGGGGGCGAGAUGGUCUCUGUGUGUGUGUGUAGGCUGUCAAGUGGGGCCGAAACAUCUACGACAACAUCCGCCGCUUCCUGCAGUUCCAGAUCACCGUCAACAUCGUCGCUGUCCUCACGGCAUUCGUCAAUGGUACCCAAUGCGCACAAACAAACCGCCAAGGCGUCUAUCGUUGUGUGUGAUGGUGAUGAUGGGUAUACCCAUUCAUUGUGUGCAGCGAUCUUCAUUGCCGAGUCGCCCUUGACGGCCGUGCAGCUGCUCUGGAUCAACCUGAUUAUGGUGUGUGGCGCCCAGUCACCUCUCGAUUGCCUGUGUCCAUCUGUGUGUGAAUGUGUGUGCGUCAGGACUCCUUUGGGUCGUUGGCUUUGGCGACUGAGCCGCCCACUGACGCACUGCUGGAGAGGAGGCCGCACUCGCGAGACGAGUACCUCAUCUCUAAGGCGAGCACUCAAGGACGGACAGAGGAGGACCAGACAGACGGCUUGCCCCGUCCGACCCCCCCAAUCAAUCGGUGUGUGUGUGUUGUGUGUCUGCACGGAUCGACAGACCAUGUGGCGGAACAUCAUGGGCCACGCGCUCUACCAGUUCACUGUCAUCAGUGUGUUUGUCUACCUCGGUACGGCCGACCCCCCCCAGUGGAUGGAUGGAUGGACGGCGUCAUGCUCAUGCACUGCGCGGCAUGUGUGUGUGUGUGUGUGUGUGUGUGUGUUCUGUGUGUGGGGCGAGUACAGGCGACCAGUUCUUGCCCGAGCGGACCUACGACGGGCAGUACCCCGGCGACGGACAGUUCCCACUCGCGGAAUACAAUGAUUUCAGUCCUUUCUCCGGUAGGGUAGGCCCCCUCCACCCACAACAACACAACGAACGCAUCAUGCCCUGCCCUCCAUUUGUCUGUCUGUCUGUCCGUCCGUGUGUCGACGUGUGUGUGCAUUGAUUGCAUUCAUCAGAGUAUGGCGACGGCGAGUCGUACGUGCGCAGCGGGCGGCACAUGAAGCUCGGCUGGUCUGACGAGAAGGACUACCUCAAGAGCUGGAAGAUGGUAAGUACUUACGCCCCAUCAACCAGCCAGGGGGAGGGAGAGGGAGAGGGUGAUUGAUUCAUCGUGUGUGUUGUGUGUGUGUGUGUGUUGUGUGUGUGGUGUGUCUACUGUGCAGGAGGGCAAGAUCGGUCCGAGUCGGCACUACACGAUGGUCUUCAACGUGUUUGUGUGGAUGCAAGUCUUCAACCUCUUGAACGCCCGCAAGAUCCACAACGAGUGGAACAUCUUCGACGGCAUCUUCAGGCACGCACACACACACACACACACGCAGCGAGCAUCUGACACACGCAGAGAGAGAGGGAGAAACACGUCGUGCAUGACGCAAUCGAUGGGUGGUGUGGCUGGGGUGUGUUGUGUGCAGGAAUCGGAUGUUCGUGUACAUCUGGUUCCUCAUCGUGAUACUGCAGUCCGUCAUGGCCCAGUUCGGGAGCUUCGUGCUCAGCGCACACAAAGACGUAAGCACGGACGGACACGUCAACAAAUCACAAUCACACACACACACACGCGCGUCAAAACCCUGAUCGAUGGCUCUCUCUCUCUCUCUCUCUGUGUGUGUGUGUGUGUGUGUCUGUGGAUAUGGCCCACCAUGGCUUGCUGCACCAUACCAUCCAUCAGGGUUUGACAUGGGAGCAGUGGCUUAUCUGCAUCGCAUUCGGUGCGGGCGAGCUGGUCGUCCAAGUCCUUCUGAGACUCAUACCCGUCAAAAUCAUGCCACAAACAGGUCACCCUCACCCUCACCCUCCAACACACACAUCCACUGAGGAAACAAAUGGCUAUCUGUCUGUACCUCUGUGCCUGUGUGUGUGUGUGUGUGUUUGUGUGUGUGCAGGUGCCCAGCAGGUCGACCCAAUGGAGGCGCCGCCGUCCAUCGCCCAGAUGUCGAGGGGCAGGAUAUCCUCCGACCGCAUCGCAGACCGGCUCGGCAGCGGAUUUGGCUCACAUGGAGAGCACAGGAGAGCUCACACCAUCGUGUAAGUACCAGAAGGAGACCGACACACCCACCACACACAGGACAGAACAUCCAUCUCACUGUGAGUCGUUUGAUUGGUCAGGGCAUCAUCGUUUUCUCGUGGUGGGAGUGACAGGGCGCUGGGGGCUGCGGUCAUCAACAUUCCACAGCCGUCAAUACCCAAGUCACGACCCUGACCUUGAUCUUGCUCAUGACCCCUCUCUCCUCGCCUCCCUGCUAUAUAUAUAUAUAUCUGGCCCUCUCCCUCCCUGCCUCCCUCCCUCUCUCUCUCUCGCACACCUCCGUGUUCGCGUGUGUGUUUGUGUUUAUUAUCGGAGGGGGGUCGGUCGGUCCGCC